AUGGGCUCCUCCCUGGUGCAGGGUGAUGGGGUCGUGUCGUCCCUCUUCCGGCACCGGGAGACCCAUGUUGGUCUCAACAUCUCCUGUGUUACAGCAGCCAAAAAGGCCCCCAAAGGCAAGGAUACACCAAAGGAAGCUCCUGCUAAGCCAGAUCCUGCAGAGCCCCCCAAAGAGGCCCCACCUGAGGACCAAUCCCCAACUGCAGAGGAGCCCACAGGCAUUUUCCUGAAAAAGCCAGACUCUGUGUCAGUGGAGACGGGGAAGGACACGGUGAUUCUGGCCAAGGUGAAUGGGAAGGAGCUCCCGGGCAAGCCUACCGUCAAGUGGUUCAAGGGGAAGUGGCAGGAGCUGAGCAGCAAGAGCGGAGCCCGAUUCGCCUUCAAGGAAUCCCAUGACUCUGCCAGCAAUGUGUAUACCGUGGAACUCCACAUUGGGAAAGUGGUCUUAGGGGACCGCGGGGAUUACCGUCUAGAGGUCAAAGCCAAGGAUGUCUGCGACAGCUGCUCUUUCAACGUGGAUGUGGAGGCACCCAGACAGGACUCAUCUGGUCAGAGCCUUGAGAACUUCAAACGUUCGGGUGACGGGAAGUCAGAAGAUGCAGGUGAACUGGAUUUCAGUGGCUUGUUGAAGAAGAGGGAAGUGGUUGAGGAGGAAAAGAAGAAGAAGAAAGACGAUGAUGACCUGGGCAUUCCCCCGGAGAUCUGGGAGCUCCUGAAAGGGGCCAAGAAGAGCGAGUACGAGAAGAUUGCCUUCCAGUAUGGCAUCACUGAUCUCCGUGGCAUGCUGAAGCGCCUCAAGAAGGCCAAGGUGGAGGUCAAGAAGAGUGCAGCCUUCACUAAGAAGUUGGACCCAGCCUACCAAGUAGACAGAGGCAAUAAGAUCAAGCUGGUGGUGGAGAUCAGUGAUCCAGACCUUCCUCUCAAGUGGUUCAAGAAUGGCCAGGAGAUCAAGCCAAGCCUCAAGUAUGUGUUUGAGAAUGUGGGGAAGAAACGAAUUCUCACCAUCAACAAGUGCACGCUGGCAGACGACGCUGCGUACGAGGUGGCAGUCCAUGACGAGAAGUGCUUCACCGAACUCUUUGUCAAAGAGCCUCCAGUCCUGAUCGUCACCCCACUGGAAGACCAGCAGGUGUUUGUGGGUGACAGAGUGGAAAUGUCGGUAGAGGUGUCUGAAGAGGGUGCACAGGUCAUGUGGAUGAAAGAUGGUGUGGAGUUGACACGGGAGGACUCCUACAAGGCACGCUACCGCUUCAAGAAGGACGGGAAACGGCACAUCCUCAUCUACUCUGAUGUGAGUCAGGAGGAUGGGGGGCGCUAUCAAGUCAUCACCAACGGCGGCCAGUGUGAGGCUGAACUCAUUGUGGAAGAGAAGCAACUGGAGGUUCUGCAGGACAUUGCAGACCUGACAGUGAAGGCCGCAGAACAGGCUGUGUUCAAGUGUGAAGUGUCUGAUGAGAAGGUGACGGGCAAGUGGUACAAGAAUGGGGUGGAGGUGCGACCCAGCAAGAGGAUCACCAUCUCCCAUGUGGGCAGAUUCCACAAGCUGGUGAUUGACGAUGUCCGCCCCGAGGAUGAGGGAGACUACACAUUCGUGCCUGAUGGCUAUGCCCUGUCCCUCUCUGCCAAGCUCAACUUCUUGGAAAUCAAAGUGGAGUAUGUGCCCAAGCAAGAGCCCCCAAAGAUCCACCUGGACUGCUCAGGGAAGACCUCGGAUAACUCCAUUGUUGUAGUGGCUGGAAACAAGCUGCGGCUGGAUGUGGCUAUCACAGGGGAGCCACCUCCCGUUGCCACCUGGCUAAAGGGAGAUGAGGUGUUCACAGCGACAGAGGGCAGGACGCACAUUGAGCAGAGGCCAGACUGCAGCAGCUUUGUGAUCGAGAGUGCAGAACGGGCAGAUGAGGGCCGAUAUACCAUCAAAGUCACCAACCCUGCCGGUGAAGAUGUGGCCUCCAUUUUCCUGCGGGUUGUGGAUGUUCCUGACCCUCCAGAGGCCGUUCGUGUCACCUCAGUUGGAGAAGACUGGGCCAUUCUGGUCUGGGAGCCACCCAAGUAUGAUGGAGGACAGCCAGUGACAGGGUACUUGAUGGAGCGGAAGAAGAAAGGCUCCCAGCGCUGGAUGAAGCUCAACUUUGAAGUCUUCACUGAAACAACCUACGAGUCCACAAAGAUGAUCGAGGGUGUCCUCUAUGAGAUGCGGGUCUUCGCUGUCAAUGCCAUUGGUGUCUCACAGCCCAGCAUGAACACCAAGCCCUUCAUGCCCAUUGCCCCCACAAGUGCACCCCAGCACCUCAUUGUGGAGGAUGUGACGGACACCACCACCACACUCAAGUGGAGGCCUCCAGACAGGAUUGGCGCUGGCGGCAUCGAUGGUUACCUGGUGGAGUACUGCCUGGAGGGCUCUGAGGAAUGGGUCCCGGCUAACAAGGAACCCGUGGAACGGUGUGGCUUCACUGUCAAGGAUCUUCCAACUGGAGCCAGGAUCCUCUUCCGGGUUGUUGGGGUCAACAUUGCAGGGCGCAGUGAGCCAGCCACCCUCCUUCAGCCGGUCACCAUUAGAGAGAUUGUGGAGCAACCCAAGAUCCGCCUCCCCCGCCACUUGCGUCAGACCUAUAUCCGCAAAGUGGGGGAAGCCAUCAACCUUGUUAUCCCCUUCCAGGGCAAGCCCCGGCCUCAGGUGGUGUGGACCAAGGGUGGGGCUCCCUUGGAUACCUCCCGUGUGAAUGUGCGGACCAGUGACUUCGACACGGUGUUCUUCAUACGCCAGGCGGCCCGCUCUGACUCUGGAGAAUAUGAGCUGAGUGUGCAGAUUGAGAACAUGAAGGACACUGCUACCAUCCGCAUCCGGGUCGUGGAAAAGGCAGGGCCAGCGGAGAAUGUGAUGGUGAAGGAGGUGUGGGGCACCAAUGCGUUGGUGGAGUGGCAGCCGCCGAAGGACGACGGGAACAGUGAGGUCACAGGCUACUUUGUCCAGAAGGCUGACAAAAAAACCAUGGAGUGGUUCAAUGUCUACGAACACAAUCGCCACACCAGCUGUACAGUGUCGGAUCUUAUCGUGGGCAAUGAGUACUAUUUCCGAAUCUUCAGCGAGAACAUCUGCGGUCUCAGUGACUCACCUGGUGUCUCCAAGAACACAGCGCGAAUCCUCAAGACAGGAAUCACCUUAAAACCACUGGAAUACAAGGAGCAUGAUUUCCGAACAGCCCCCAAGUUCCUGACACCGCUGACUGACCGGGUAGUGGUAGCAGGAUAUACCGCAGCUCUCAACUGUGCCGUCAGAGGCCACCCAAAGCCGAAGGUGGUGUGGAUGAAGAACAAGAUGGAAAUCCAUGAAGACCCCAAAUUCCUCAUAACCAACUACCAGGGCAUCCUGACGCUGAAUAUCCGCCGACCUUCGCCCUUUGAUGCAGGGACCUAUUCCUGCCGUGCCGUUAAUGAACUGGGGGAGGCCCUGGCUGAGUGCAGGCUGGAUGUCCGAGGUGAGGAGGAAAUGGUCCCACGCUGGCUGACCCUCAUCCAGGGCCCUUGACAAACCUACCCAGAUGCCCCAUAGGAAGGGGCUACAGGUCCUGCAAAGGUCUCAGCUCAAGCUUCAUCUUCUACCUCUCAAAUCCCACCCAGCCUCCUGCCCUUUGCCCCUGGAGACCCUCUCCUAUUCCCCAACACACCCCAGUCUCUUCAGUGUGGAUUUAUUGUCUGGUAUCUCAGCCCUGUCCCUAACUCCAGCCUGAG